AUGAAUUCAGACGAAGAAGAUUUUAACGAUAUUUACGGAGACACCGAGAAGAAACCUCAGGAAACUAAGACAGAGGAAACUAAAAAUGACACAAUGGCUCAAUUAGAUCAAUUAGCUGCUUUACAAGCAUUGUCAUCGAAUAUCACCAAACAGAUGGAAGGAGAAGUAAACAAAGAUUCUACUGCUACAACUGCUGUUGAUAACUCAAACGAAACUCCUACGGGAAAUAGUAAUACAACAACUGGUGCAGCACCAUUGCCAUGGGAACAACUGCAACAGACUGUUUCUCAAUUACAGCCUGGAAACCAAUCCGAGGUUGACCAAGCUCCUCAAUCAUCUGAACCUGCAGGUCCAGUUAAAGCAGAUAUAUCAAAGGAUCAUUGCAAGAUGUUCGUAGGUGGUUUGAAUUGGGAAACUACUGAGGAUGGAUUGAAAAAUUAUUUCAAUAAAUAUGGUAAUGUAACAGAAUUGAGAAUUAUGAGAGACUCUGCUACUGGUAGAUCCAGAGGUUUCGCAUUCUUAACAUUCGAAGAUUCUAAAAGUGUUGAUGAAGUUGUGAAGAGUCAACAUAUUUUAGAUGGUAAAGUGAUUGACCCAAAGAGAUCUAUCCCAAGAGAAGAAAAGGAUAAGACAGGUAAAAUUUUUGUAGGUGGUAUUGGUUCCGAUGUUAGACCAAAAGAAUUUGAAGAUUUUUUCGCACAGUUUGGUACAAUCAUUGAUGCUCAACUGAUGUUAGAUAAAGAUACCGGUAGAUCAAGAGGGUUCGGUUUUAUCACUUAUGAUACACCGGAAGCUGUAGAUAGAGUAUGUUCAAAUAAAUAUCUUGAAUUUAAAGGAAGAAAUAUAGAAAUUAAAAGAGCGGAACCUAGAAAUGCCCCAAGAGGUGCAGGAGAAUCAUCUUCUACAGAUUUCAAUAAUGAUAAUAACCAAUCAUCUAAUAUUCAACCUACUAAUGGUAAUCCUGUACAAAUGGCAAACCCUAUGGUUGCAAUGAAUCCUAUGUUUAAUCAACAAGCUAUGGGUGAUUACUUCAAACAAAUGCAAGAUUAUUAUCAACAGAUGCAACAACAAACAGGUAUGGACUACAGUCAAAUGUAUCAACAGCAAAUGCAACAAAUGGCUAUGAUGAUGGGUGGAUUUGGUAUGCCAGGUAUGCAAUCCAUGCCGGGAAUGCCAGAGAUGCCAAAUCAACCAUCUAACCCAGAAAGUGAUGAACAAAGUCAAGCCAGUGAUCCUAACGUUCAGACGAUAGGAGCAGAACCAACAGAAGAUUCAUCAUCAUCUAAGGAGAAUAGUGAAACACAAGAAACUUCUCACGAUCUUGAUGUUCGUUUACCAAAGGGCCCAAGGGGUCCAUCUAAUGGAUAUCCACCAAGAGACAACGAUCGUAAUGAUCGUCGUGGUGAUCGCCGCGGCGCUCCUGACCGUCGUAACGAUCGUCGUGGUGGGAGACGUGGUGGCCCUGAUCGUAAUUCUGGGCGUAGGGGCCGUGGUGGUAAUGGUGGUGGUCGUCGCCGUGGUGGUGGGUCUAGUAAUGGCCAUAGAGGCGGUAAUGAUAAUGGUUAUCAUCCUUAUGGAAGAGACAGAAACUAA